AACUCAGAAGCGACAUGCUUGUUUGUAGGUACACGCUACUUAUAUUUGGACCAAGAGUUCCUUGGAGCAAAAAUCUCAAGACAUCUCUUCAUGGCUCCCUGCCCAGCUAGCUAGCUAGCUAUUCCACAAAUAUCCAUCCUAUUAAUUCAUAAAUCUCGCAGCCCAGCUAGCUAGGUACUCUUGAUACUCAUAUUUUGCAAUAUGAGUUUGCAAACACUGAUGCAUGCACUUGGCGUUCUCAUGGAGUCAUGGUCAGGUCUUGCCACGCUGGUUAUCCUCAUGACCACCUUAAAGCUGUUGGUGAUUCUUCUGCUGAAAAAUACAAGAGUUGUGUCCCAGCAGCAACGUGAGCGUUUCAUCCAGCUCCCCCCAGGGCCACCCACAUUGCCAAUCAUCGGCAACAUGCACCAGAUGAUCUGGAACAAGCAGCCGGCGGUGUUCCGGUGGAUCCAUCGGUUGCUCAGGGAGAUGAACACGGACAUCCUAUGCCUCCGUCUUGGAUCGACUCAUGUCAUCGUCUUGGCAUGCCCGGAGAUCGCCUGCGAGGUGCUGCAGAAGAACGACGAGGCCUUCUCCUCCCGCCCCGCGACGUUCGCCUCCGGGUUAUUCAGCUUCGGGUACAAGGGCUCCAGCAUGUCGCCCCAUGGAGAGCAGUGGAAGAAGAUAAGGCGUGUCCUCACUAACGAGAUCCUCGCCCCUUCCACAGAGCAAAAGCUACACCCCAUACGGAAGGAGGAGUAUGACUACCUUCUAAGGUGCAUUCAUAACAACAGCACUAAUUCUAGCAGCACCAGCAACAUGAAUUUUGUCGGUGUGCGCCAGGUAGCCCAACAUUUUUGUGGUAACAUGAUAAGAAGGCUUGUGUUCGGCAAGAGAUACUUCAACGACCUACCAACUUCAUUAACUUCUGGACCUGGACAAGAUGAGGUGGUACAUGUUGCUGCUCUCUUCACGGCCGUCAACCAUCUCUACAGCUUCUGCUUGUCAGACUACUUCCCUGUCCUGGUAGGGCUCGACUUAGAAGGCCAUGAGAUGGUUGCCAAGGAUGUUAUGGCAAUACUCAACCGGUUGCAUGAUCCCCUCAUAGAGGAGAGGAUGCAUGAAAGGUCCACUACUGCUGAGAAGGGAAAGAGUGAAAAGAAAGAAGCCAGAGACCUCUUGGAUGUCCUUGUUUAUCUUGAAGAUGCAGAGGGAAAGCCGUUACUGUCCUUUCAAGAGAUCAGAGCACAAAUCGCGGAAAUGAUGUUCGCAAUAGUCGAUAACCCUUCGAAUGUUGUUGAGUGGGCACUCGCUGAGAUGAUGAACAGGCCGGAGGUGUUGCGAAAAGCAACCGAUGAAAUCGACACCGUUGUCGGUAAAGACAGACUGGUCCAGGAAUCCGACAUCCCUCGGUUAAACUAUCUCAAAUCAUGCAUCCGGGAGGCCUUCCGCAUACACCCUUACCAUCCCUUUAACAUGCCCCAUGUUGCCAUAGCGGACAUCACCGUCGCUGGCUACACCAUCCCGAAGGAUAGCCACGUCAUUUUAAGCCGGACUGGACUUGGUCGGAACCCCAAGGUUUGGAUCGAACCACUCGAGUUUCGGCCCGAGAGACAUUUGAAUACUCCAAAUGUACGUCUCAACGAUCCAGACCUACGUUUUGUUUCAUUUAGCACUGGGAGGAGGGGUUGUCCUGGGAUUUCACUUGGUACCUCUGUCACGAUGAUGUUGUUCGCAAGGAUGUUGCAGGGAUUCACUUGGACUAAGCCUCCUGGCGUUAGCACUAUCAGUCUUGAGGAAGGAAAAGGCAGCCUUGCCCUAGCUCAACCCUUGGUUUUGCAAGCUGAACCACGCUUGGCUGCACAUCUCUAUGUGUCAAUCAAAUAGAUCAGUGAUACAUACAUGUUUUUCAACUAUAAUGUAUUCGGUAGAGUUUUUUUUGUUUGACAGCAUGUAUUCGGUAGAGCUAAUGACAUGCAUUUGGUUCUUUUGAAACUGGCCAGACACUAUGGUUAAUGUAAUGAAAAUUGUGUCUGCUUAUCAUUAUGUCCAGGCUUCAUCUGCCAAAUAAGUUCCUGUACAUGAAUAUAGUUCUUGA